AUGGGGAAAGCCAGCUACGAAGUAAGCCAACUGCAAAAGAAUAGGCGAAUGCAAAACAGCCGCAAGAAGCGCAAGAGGGAACAGCGAGCGAUGGCCAAACGCGCGAUUUCAGUGGAUGGUGCAGCAGUUGGCAAUACCUUAUCAACCAAAAUGAUUGCUGCUUCAGUAAAACAAAUUAGUCCAAGCGACUUGUUACCACUGGCAGAAAAUACACUGGCUACCGCCCCUGUUGGCUCUGGAACCUAUGGAGAGUGUGUUCUAAAAAAAUUUAAGAGGCUCGGUGUAACUGUUCUUGAAAAAAAACUGCCAACAUCUGACUUGCAAGCAGUUAUGAAUGAAGUACAAUGUAUGAAUACACUCACUCAUGCAUCUAUUCCAUAUCUAUUGGGAGUACAGAUUGAAGAAAAGCCUUUCUCAUUAGUCAUGCAGUUUCUUGGUGAGGAUACAGAAUCUGUUACAAUUCAUAAGCUGUUACACGCAAAUCAAACCAUGGCAAAACCAUUAACACUCACUACAAAUGAGUGGAUUUCAAUUUUGCUCGACAUUGCAGAGGCUCUUUCUCAUGUCCAUAACAAAGGGUUUUUGCACUGUGAUGUCAAGUCAAACAAUGUUCUUGUUGCAGGGAAGAAAGGUUUUUUGAUAGACUUUGGUAAAAAGCUUGCCAAAUUUCUAGGCCAACAGCUCGAAAGUACACUUCCUUUUACAAUCAUAUUGCCACUGAGGUUUUAA